UUUCCCCUCUCCGAUCCACUCCAACAGAUCCCGCACAAGCUGUGAGGAGGGCGAGAUGACGCCCAGCCUUCGCCGCCGCCCCAGCUCGCCGGCGUCGGCGCCGCCGCUGGACGACGACGACCUCCUCUCCGAGAUCCUCCUCCGUCUCCCUCCGCAGCCGUCUUCCCUCCCACGCGCCUCCGUCGUCUGCAAGCGCUGGCGCGGCCUCGUCUCCGACCCCGGCUUCCUCAGCCGCUUCCGGAUCCACCACCGCCGCAACCCUCCCCUCCUCGGCUGCUUCGUCAAAACUUCCGACGAUCUCUACUUCGAGCCUACCCUGGAGCCCCCCAACCAUGUCCCGCGCGGCCGCUUCUCCCUGCAGAACCUCCCCAGCGACAGCUUCCUGCUCCUCGGAUGCCGCCAUGGCCUCGUGCUAAUCUUCGACUGGAGGAAGUUGCAGAUCCUGGUGUGGGAUCUCGCCAACGGCAUCCAGCAAAGCACCGCCUCCCCCCCGGGGUUUCACAUGGUGGAGACCCUGAUCCACCUCCAGGGGGCAGUGCUUCGUGCUGCCGCAGGCGUCCAGCACUUCCAGGUGUGUUUGGCAGGCUUGGAGAGAGGCUCCCAACAAAAUUAUGCACGAGUGAUAGCCUGCGUUUACUCGUCCGAGACCGGCAGCUGGGGUAAUCUCGUCUCAACAGCAUUUCCAUCCGUGCCUUAUCUGCAUGUAGAUCCCACCAUGGUUUUUAUGGCCAAGCCCGGUGUGCUGGUUGGGGAUUUCCUUUACUGGGCGCUUACUGGGAAUUUUGUUCGAAUUAUCGAGUUUGAUCUCAAGAGGCAGAGCCUAGCUGUGAUAGGGAUCCCUGUGGAUAUGGAUCCUUGGAGACAUUACGAGUACUCGGUUAUGCGGGCAGAUGAUGGUGGGCUUGGCUUCCUCUUUCUGUCAGACUUCAGCGCCCAAUUGUGGAAGAGGAAGACUGAUUGUGAUGGUGCUGCUCCAUGGGUGCUGGGAAGAACUAUUGAACUGGACAAGCUACUUUCCCUAAAUUUACAUAAUGAGAGAGCGCCCCUAAGGAUUCUAGGAUAUGCUGAGGAAAAUAAUGUGGUGUUCUUGUCGACAGUUCACGGUGUCUUCAUGAUCCAGCUUGACCCAUUGCAGUCAAAUAAUGUGGUGUUCUUGUCGACAGUUCUCGGUGUCUCUCCUCUCUAUUAUCCAUUCGAAAGUAUCUAUACUGCAGGCAUGGGCAUUGCUGGUGGUCAUGAUGGGGCUAAACUUUUGCACAAUGCAUAAGAUGAUUGGUCAGAUUAAUAUGCUAUCAUGAUGUACUGGAUUGAGCAGGUAAGCCUAUCUUUAAGUAGUAGCAGAGCGAAAUAGUUUCUUUUUCUUUGCUUUAUGGAUAGUUCUCUAUUUUACUUUUACUUGUUGCUGCAUUGCAUUCAAUAUUUUUGUGGCUAUGGAUCUAUCAAGUCCGAUUGCU